AUACUAAGCUACAAUCGUCGGAGUUUCGAGUUGCAAAAUGCUGUCGCAGUGCGCGCUUCCAAUGCGCCUCCUCACGAACACGGUCAGGCUCAGAAUACAUUCACUGCCAUGUCGGCAUCGACGUCCUCCGCCCCUGUCGCACAUAAUGCGCUGCCUCCGCCUUCAACUAAUUCUGCGUCGCGCUCGUCGCGCAUCGCGCCACACUCGCACAUCAAGGGCCUUGGUCUCACUCCAGAAGGUACGGGCAGUGGGGAUGCAGCGGGCUUCAUUGGACAAGGCAACGCACGAGAGGCAUGUGGCGUCGUAGUCGAUCUCGUUAAGUCGCGCAAGUUUUCAGGACGCGCUCUGCUCCUGGCCGGUGCACCGGGGACAGGUAAAACGGCACUUGCUCUAGCCAUCUCUCAGGAGCUGGGUGCCAAAGUGCCCUUCUGCCCCAUGGUCGGGUCGGAGGUGUACUCGACGGAGGUGAAGAAGACGGAGGUGCUUGCGGAGGCCUUUCGGCGCGCCAUCGGCCUACGGAUAAAAGAAACCAAGGAAGUGUAUGAGGGCGAGGUCACCGAACUCACCCCUACGGAGUCCGAGAACCCUCUGAGCGGGUACGGAAAGACCGUCUCUCAUGUCAUCGUUGGGCUCAAGACAGUCAAGGGUACAAAGCAGCUUCGACUGGAUCCCAGCAUAUACGAGGCCAUUUUGAAGGAGAAAAUCGUAGUCGGAGACGUAAUCUAUGUCGAAGCUAAUACUGGCGCAGUGAAGCGAGUAGGACGUUCAGAUGCGUAUGCUUCUUCAUAUGAUCUCGAGUCCGAGACGUAUGUCCCACUGCCCAAGGGUGACGUGCACAAGCGGAAGGAGCUUGUGCAGGAUGUGACUCUCGGUGACCUCGACGCAGCAAAUGCACGACCCCAGGGUGGACAGGACAUCAUGAGCGUCAUGGGAAGCCUCGUGAAAAGCGGCCGAACGGAGGUCACCGAGAAGCUACGGAAGGAGGUUAACAAAGUUGUGAAGAGUUACGUGGAUCAGGGCGUGGCGGAAGUCGUGCCCGGUGUCGUCUUCAUCGACGAGGUGCACAUGCUCGAUAUCGAGUGCUUCACCUACCUUAACGCCCUGCUCGAAUCGCCGAUGGCACCGACAGUCGUCUUUGCAACGAAUCGCGGAAACUCCCUAGUGCGCGGAACCACAGACAUCGUCGCCCCUCACGGGAUCCCCAUUGAUCUGCUCGAUCGUUGUCUCAUCGUCAGGACAGAGCGCUACAACAAACCUGACAUCGCGAAGGUCGUCCAAUUGCGUGCUAAUGUCGAAGGGCUGCAGCUCGGACCCGGUGUGCUCGACAGGCUAGCAGAACGUGGCGACACAAGCUCACUCCGAUACGCGCUGCAGUUGCUCACGCCAGCGUCCAUCCUCGCUGGUCUGUCUGGCCGAAAACAGAUCGAGCUGGAGGACAUCAACGAGAUGGGCGAGCUUUUCUUGGACGCGAAGACGAGCGCGGAGGCGAUCGGUCCGUCAGGCGGCUUCGACGCUGACAAAACUGUGUAAUCGCGCCGAUCUGUCGUCGCGCUUCGACUGUUCUGUAUUUCUUGACUUGGACAGGGCCGAGGACAGGUCACCAAAAUGAAUUGCGGACCUUGUAGGACGGUCCACCGUGUUUGUACUAAUAUUGAAUGCAUGAGAUCCUCCAGGCCUGCAACGUGACCCUGUAUUGAAUUGCAUUGAAUGGCCUACGACCUUCGCAGACG